AUGGAUAGCAUGAGUGAGGCAUUUGAUCAAAUGCAAAUGGUCAAGGAUGUUCUAGCCAACAGUGAUAAAGUUUCAGAGGUCCUACAAGAGUCUACUCAUCAGUUCAACCUGCUUACUUCACCCACCUUCCUACCAAAGGUCAAGGAUCAAGGGAAAUUCACUCUCCCUUGCACACUUGGGCAUCUUGAGAUUGACAAUGCCUUAGUGGAUUCUGGAGCAAGCAUCAAUCUGAUCUCUCUCUCCAUGGCAGAGAAGCUAGGCAUUGCUGGAGCCUUGCAGCGCCCUACUACUUCAAUCAUGUUUGGAGAUGCAACUUCUAAGUCUCCUCUUGGAGUGUUCAAGAACUAUCACUUGAAAAUUGGAGAAUGCAUCAUCCAAACUGAUCUCACUGUGAUGGAAAUGGAAGAAGAGAAGGAUUUGCCUUGUUAUUGGGAACCCCUUUCCUUAGAACCAAGAGUUGGGAAGGAUAAGGAUGAGAGAGGACCAAGGAUUGAGAAGCCACGUCUUGAGAGGGCUAGAGUUGAGAAACCACGAUCUGAUAGGCCAAGAGCUGAGAGACUUGUUCAAGCCCCUUGUGUGCUUGAUGAAGAGAGCCUUCAAGCUUUGUUUGAUGAGCCACUAGGAAGGGCUCUAAAAGAAGGGGAGGAUGCAGCCUCUAAGGCAAGACCAGGGAUAAAAGAAAGGAUCCACCAGCUCAGGCCCCUUCAGUCAAGCCAUCUCAGCUCACAAUGA